CUCGUUUUUUGUCUUUCAUCUAGGUCAAUACUAAUAUUAUAAAGAGGUAAAGUUUGUGGUAUUCUAUGUAAUCGUUGAAUAUACUGAACCGAUUUUGGAAUUUAUUUGCCACUAGAACGCCACGUUAUUCCGGUUAAUCUUGUUCCGGUAUUCUCACAGGAAUAAACUACGCGGGUAAAACCGUGGCUAAUUAAUAUUAUAAAAGAUAUAAAGCUAAAGAUUUAGUACUACUACUACUGGAUCGAAUUAAUAGGAUUUAGUGGAUGGAUUUUUAGGAUAGCCCAAUAAUCGAGGAAGGAGAAAUGUAAUAAGUAUUGUAAUAUUUUAAUGAUAUAAUAUACAGUUGCUAGUUUAUUAGUUUAACAAACUUGGAAUAACCACAAAUAUUUUAAACGAAUAAAAGAUUUAAUUUUAAGAAUUAAAUGAGAAUUGUUAUUUUUAAUAAAAAAAAAAUUAUAAAAGAAUUUUAUUUCAUCAAACAAACGAUCAUUGGUUUACGGAACAUUUCUUGAUUUAAUUAAAUCAUACUUGUUAUUGACAUUGCAAAUGCUAUGAAAUUGAAAAAAUUAUCGCUUGGCUGCGAAUAUAACCGAGAAAUGCAUAAAAAAAUCGUAAAUAUUUUAUUGCGUAUACUUGAAGUUUAACCAAUAAGUACUCAAUGGAACCAUGAAGGCCCUCUUGGGUAUACUUGUUAUAUUUAUACCAUAUAUAACGUACAAUUAUGCAAAUGGCUCGCACGAUUCAAGAAUAUUUAUUAAUACAUAUCCAAAGAAAGUGAAUUCACCUCUGAAGAAGAGUAUCCAAUUGCAUAACUCCAGAAAAUUUGAAUGGUUGGGCAAAGGUCAAAACCGUAAAAAGUUAAGCGAAAAGCAAAAACAUUACACUUUUUUCCCACAGAACGCCGUUAAUAUAUCAUUUGACGUACCAGAAAUUUCAUAUUUUCAGGCAGAUACGAACCAAAAAAGAGUGAAAAAGGUAUUGUCUGAGAAUGGACCUUUCUUAGUACGAAAGAAAAGAUCCUAUGUUCCCGAAGUUAAUAAUACAGGAAAUACAAAAGUAGCACGCAGGAGCAACAACGUUAAGCGGACUAGAAUUAAUAGAAAACUAGUAAAAAGUAAAGGUAGCAAGAAAAAUGUAAGAAACUCUGCUUUAAGAAAAGGCAAGGGAAAAGUUACAUCCAAAGUUAAAAUUCCUCUGUUACAAAGAAAAGGAAAGGAAAGAAACUCAAAAUUAACGAAUACACGAAUACUUAGAAAAAGGAAUAAAAGACCGUCUGGUAACCUUAAAUAUGCUAAGAAACACAAGAACCAAUCGAAAAUGUUACCAGGUCGACACGGACUAACUUCAAAAAAAAAUUAUGGCAGAAACCCAAAACAAGAAAAGAAAAGCAUAGGGAAAAACGAAAAGAAAGUAAUUAAUAGACGUUUGAUUGCUGGAAGGGACGCCAUGAUACGGGAAUACCCGUAUAUGGUAUCCAUACAGAAGGACCAUCAGCACUGGUGCUCGGGAGCAUUACUUAAUCCACGUCUCGUUAUCACUACAGCUAACUGUGUUUGGAAAUCAAAAAGCGCCAGUCGCAUGCGAGUAAGAGCCGGUAGCAGACACACGGAUAGAGGCGGUCAAGUUGCCAAAAUUCAAGAAGUGGCUAAACAUCCUAAAUGGAGUAUCCGUACUCUACCAGAUAACGAUGUGGCUUUGUUAUUACUCGAUAGAAAUAUCAAAUUUUCAGAUUUCGUCCACGCAGUUGAUCUACCUAACCGAGCCAUGUGGCCUGCCUUCGAAGACGUUUGGGUCACAAGUUGGGGAGCGGAUAGGCGCGAUGGUAUAGUCCAAUCAUCGGGCGUGACGUUGCAAGUGUACCACGCGAUGUUGCUGGACCACGAUAAGUGCAACAACGUCACGAUGCGCUUCGGUGUGGCCGUGUCGCGCAACUUCAUCUGUGUCGCGCAGACCGGGAGACGUGCUCCGUGCACUCGUGACACAGGCGCACCAGCUGUUAGCGACGGAAUAGUAUGGGGACUUGCGUCGUGGGGUAUUCGGAAGUUAUGUGGCACAGAACGCUAUCCAGCCAUGUUCUCGUACCUAGCGUCGCGGUCAAAUCUGGACUUCAUCACCAACGCUACCAGCUACCUGAUGUCUGAUAAGAGGUUCUACCCAUACGGUGACCGGUUCGUGCUUGGAAACGAGGUUACUACCUCAACUGACGCUACUACUAACGUAUUUUAGCUGAUUAGUAUUGUUAUAAGUAGGCAUUAGUUAUUAAUUAAACAUUUUUUUAUUACCUUAGGAUUUUUAAAUAUCAGACUU